CAAGCCAAGCGCCACUGCCGCGACUAUACAACAGUACCCCAAAACUUGAAACGUGUAUAAAGCUAACAGACGACGACGACGACGGCGGUGACGACGUAAUACGCGCGUGAUCUUCGAAUUCCCAUCGACAACCGUACCGCCAUAUUUGACGGGAAAAAAAUAAAAAUUGUUUACGACGCGUAUUCUUCGGCCGGUCACCGUCGCCGAUGGUCGCUACUUUUACAUUUCGUCUCGCGUCGUUAUCCCAAUAAUUAUAUUAAUCAUAAUUGUUAUCAUCAUAUUAUAUACAAUAUCAAUCGUCAUAACGAUUAUUAAUUGUUCCGUGUCAAUUUCGAUUUAAACGUCAUUCGUAUUUUCGGCAAUCGUUCCAAUAAUCGCGACUUCACUGUCCAACGACGACUAUUCGCACUGUUGAAAACCAAAUAAGUUGAUGUCAAACAUUCAAUGUGGUCUUAAGAUGAAUCCUUAUGAACGGAGAAUACGCUCAGCCACAGCACAUUUCAGAUGCCAUCUACCUAGGUGCUGCCAUCGUACUGAGUAUUAUCGGAAUAGUUGGAUUUCUUUUCAACAUCUGUGUUAUUUUCAUAAUGAUUAGAGAUCCACGGCUAUGGACCCCUCAAAACAUGAUAAUAUUCAACUUAGCGACUUCCGACUUGGCCGUGUCUGUGUUGGGAAACCCAGUUACCUUGGCUGCUGCCAUCACCAAAGGCUGGAUUUUUGGUCAAACCAUAUGUGUUAUCUAUGGAUUUUUUAUGGCAUUAUUUGGGAUAGCUUCAAUAACAACUUUAACUGUGUUGGCAUACGAUCGGUAUUUAAUGAUACGCUAUCCGUUUAGCAGCAGCAGGUUAACUAAGGAAACUGCACUGUACGCAGUAGUUGGAAUAUGGAUAUAUGCGUUUGCUGUAACAGGACCUCCGUUGUUUGGAUGGAAUCGUUACGUCAACGAAUCUGCAAACAUCAGUUGUUCAGUAGACUGGGAGAGUGGCGAACAUAGCAAUUAUGUUAUAUACAUAUUUGUUUUUGGACUAUUUCUACCAGUUACUGUGAUUAUCUAUUCAUAUGUGAACCUCGUCAUUACAGUGAGAAAGAGAGCUGCUGAAAAAAUCAUCGGACAAGCCACCAAAGCGGAAUGCAGGGUAGCCAUUAUGGUGGCGGUGAUGAUAUUGGCGUUUUUAACUGCGUGGAUGCCGUACUCGGUGCUAGCUCUCAUGAUUGCAUUCGGCGACGUCCACAUCAGUCCGGUGGUCAGUAUAAUACCGGCUUUAUGUGCCAAGUCGAGCAUAUGCUGGAAUCCAAUUAUCUACAUUGGACUCAAUACGCAGUUCCGGUCGGCGUGGAAACGGUUCCUGAAAAUCCCGGGUACGGUGUCGGAAGUCUCACUCGACGCUGACAUCACUACGGGCAUGACCAAGCUGAUGACCGGUCACCAAGAGCUGCCAGUGCAUCCCGCAAACAAUAGAGACGCCGACCAUCCGCCGGGCCUGAUAAUGUGCUGUUUGGCGCACAACGAACACCGACGGUCCGCGACGUACGCCGACCAGUACGAGUGCAAUCUCGAAAUGAAGUUAUGCAAUCCACAAACUCUUGACAAACAGACCGAAACGAACCUCGGCGACGUUUCAUUGUGAACGUAAUAAUAGUACCUAUAAAAAUUCAAAGUACCGCAACAACCGUUUACAAAAUAUAUAUAUACUAUAUAGUUUCAUAAUGCAUUCUAAAUUGGCUUCGAAUUGGUAAUACAGUGAAUUCCGCUUAAUGUGGGCACGUUGGGACCAGCCCUGUUUGCCCACAUU